UCCCCACUUCUGCACUUACCCAAGACCAUAAGUCGGAACAAUGUGCAAGAAUGAAGAAAGUUUUGGUAAGUGGGGCAGCGGUGGUAUCUCUUCCGACUUGAACUACCUGCCUGCGAUCUGCUAUCCCAUAAAUCCCUUACCCUUCCCGGCCUUCCGUAACAACGCAACCCCAUCAAGCAAUCCCUCGAAUACCUCUGGCUCAACGCCAAUAGAAUGCGAGUUUAGCUCGCCAAAUUCGAAGAUGGAAUACAAGUAA